AUGACAGUAAAUCAGGGCGUGACACCUGUGAUGUCAAUUCUUCCCCUCCCCACCGUAAAUAACCUGUACACGGCCGACAGAGAAGAUUCUUUGAGAUCAGACCUCUUUACCAACUACCAGAAGAAUUCAAGACCGGCCCCACUUGUCGACAUACGAUGUAAUAUGAAGCUUCUGUCCAUUAAGGACCUGAUCUGGAAUGACACGCGUUUUGAUUGGAGUAGUAAUUCAAUGUAUACUGAUAUUGAAACUAUAUACAGCACUGAGACCGCAGUUUUCACGCCUCCAAUAGUUGUUGAAAAUUCUGUCAGUAAUUUAGGAGUGAUAAGUGAUACAACAUUACCAAUAAAGAUAUCUCAGACAGGAGAGACCACGUGGUCGCCAGGAGACAUCUACGUCACGUCAUGUGACAUUGAUACCACUUUUUAUCCGUUUGAUGAACAGACAUGUGUCAUAACUUUAACAACACGAGGCUACACAGCCAACCAAAUAACUCUUUCAUUCGACGAAGUUCCAAUUAUUCGCUCGGCAUAUCAAGACAAUGGCGAAUGGAUAUUUGUUAAAAGUUCUACAAGUACGUCUCUUUCUUACCGAGGCAACGAAGUCUUUUCUCAGCUUAACUUCAUUUUCACACUAAAACGUCGAACAACAUUUCAUUUAUUGAAUACAGUCCUACCUAUGUUUUUACUUGCUUCCAUGGUAUGUUUCGUAUUCAAACUACCAGUAGACUCUGGAGAGAAACUUGGUUAUAGCUUGACAGUUUUGUUGGCGAUAGCUGUCUACCUCACCUUGGUGGCUGAUAAUAUUCCAACAACGUCUACGUAUACAUCAUAUUUAUCUGUGUACUUAAAUGUGAUGUUGGGUAUUGCGGUAGCUUCAUCCCUGCUGACAAUAUUCGUCAUAAAUAUCCACUUCACACCUGAGGAGGAGGAGGUAUCAGAGUACAUACAAAGCCUCGCUAAAUUUGGCGCACAAAUGGUUUGCUGGAAACACUCUUGUUGUCGCACAACCGACAAAUCUACAGUGGAUGUCCUCCCCUACACAGAUAAGAUUGAUUUGGAGAGUGUUGCUGUAAACAACAAUUGCGAGUUUGCAUGGCCAGAGAUAGCCAAGAUUCUGGAUGCUUUCUUUUUUCGAGUUUAUGUCUUGCUGAUGGUAAUUUUGACUACUGCAUUUGCUGUUGUUAUGGCGAUGGGUAGCUGGUAUUAA